UUGAGACCACUCCCAGGGGCAGACCAAUAGACCUGUCCGGUCUUGCUGUGGGUGUGGUCUCUCCUCUCUAUAAAUAUCCAUCGGGAAUCUGGGAUCAUACACAGUCUACGGAGCAACACUGACUCUUCAUUGCUUUUGGUGGACACGACUUCAACAUGACAACUCUACGUUCCCUUGCUGUGAUUGCUGCCAGUCUGUUGGUGGUUCAGAUCAUCUCAUUCUCUACAGCUCAAGUCUGUGACCAGCCUCCAAAACGCGGUCCAUGUAGGAUGCACAUAGAUCGCUAUUAUUAUAAUCAGAAGACAAAAACUUGCAAAAAAUUCAUCUAUGGCGGUUGUCAAGGAAAUGGAAACAAUUUUCUUACUAAGGAAGCCUGCGAACGCUCCUGCCAACCAGUCUGUGACCAGCCUUCAGACACCGGUCCAUGUAAGAUGUACAAAGAGCGCUAUUACUAUGAUCAGAAGACAAAAACUUGCAAAGAAUUCAUCUAUGGUGGUUGUCAAGGAAAUGGAAACAAUUUUCUUACUAAGGAAGACUGCGAACGCUCCUGCCAAUCAGUCUGUGACCAGCCUUCAGAAACCGGUCUAUGUAAGAUGCACAUAGAUCGCUAUUACUAUGAUAAGAAGACGGGCACUUGCAAGCCUUUCGUCUAUGGCGGUUGUGGCGGAAACGAAAAUAAUUUUGCUACUCAGAAAGACUGCGAGGCUUUGUGCAAACCAGCUAUAAGGUGUGGCUUACCUCCAGUUAGCGGUCCAUGUGAGGCGUACAUUCCGCUCUAUUACUAUGAUCAGGAGACAAAAACUUGCAAGAAAUUCAUCUACGGCGGUUGCAAAGGAAAUGGUAACCAAUUUCAUACUAAAGAAGACUGCGAACGCACCUGCAAACCAGACUGUGGCCAGCCUCUAGACAUCGGGCGAUGUCCUGGGCCCAUACACAGGGGCUUCCGCCUCCCGCACUAUUACUAUGAUCAGAAGACGGGCACUUGCGAGCCUUUCAUCUAUGGCGGUUGUGGUGGAAACAAAAACAAGUUUGAUACUCAGGAAGACUGCGAGGCUUUGUGCAAACCAGCUCAUGUCUGUGACCAGCCUCUAGACGCCAGUCCAUGUAAUACAGGCCCACAAACGGGCACAAACAGAGGCCCAUCCUGCGCUAUUACUAUGAUCAGAAGACGGGCACUUGCGAGUCAUUCCUCUAUGGCGGUUGUGGCGGAAACAAAAACAAGUUUGCUACUCAGAAAGCCUGAGGCUCUGUGCAUAUCAGAUAUAACGUGUAACCCUCCUCCAUUCUUUCCAUCUGAUGAGGACGAUCACGGACCGUUUUCACUUCCAUGGUAUUAUGAUCAGGACACAAAAACUUGCCAGAAAUUCUACUCACACUUUUGUAAAGGAGAUGGAGGCCGAUUUCAUACUUUAGAAGACUGCAAACGCACCUGCAACUCAGACUCUGACCAGCCUCUAAAACCCGAUCCAUGUAAGGGGUACAUAAAGCGCUAUUACUAUGAUAAGAAAACAGGCACUUGCAAGUCUUUCAUCUAUGGCGGCUGUGGCGGAAACGAAAAUAAUUUUGCUACUAAAGAAAAAUGUGAGACUUUGUGCAAACCGAAACCAGUCCAUGGAACCUCACCGAUGUGGCAUUACUAUUGGAUGUCAUCUUUGGACGAUGAGCAUAUGUUCUCUUGAGUGGAGACUGUUUUGUUACGUUCCUUCCAAAAUAUUGUAAGAAGUUGUAUCUUGUUUGAGCUUUCCUGGGCCUUUGUCAUCCAUGGUUCAACCUUUAAAUAAACAUAUUAACUCAGUCUAA